AUGAGGGCCUCUUCUUCAGGGGCACUAUUAGAUAGCAAAGGAAGAAAACUUACAGCAGCAGCAGCAGCAGCAGCAGCAGCAGCUGCAGCAAGCAAUGGAUUGCGGAGAACCCGUACAGACAGCAGACACCCAAAUGCGUUUGGACUUGCUGCUGCAGCAGCAGCAGCAGCAGCAGCACAGCCGCUGCAGCGCAGCGCCUCUCUGCAGCAGUUCCCCUUUGGAUGGAGAGACACCCGAAUGGGCGGCACUUCUGCUGUCUUCGCACCACCCCACACAACAGUAACAACAGCAGCAGCAGCAGCAGCUGCUGCUGCUGCUGCUGCUGCUGCCAAGAAACGCAAGAAACUGCAGAAGGAACUGCUGCGCGUCAGAGACAGACAAGAAAAAUUAAGGGCAGAGAGAAAAGCCCUGCUGAAGGCAGAAGCUGAACGCCGUGCUGCUGCUGCUGCUGCUGCUGCUGCUGCUGCGACGCAUAAAGGGCAAGCAACGGCAGCAGCAACAGCAGCUAGAAAGCUCCAGCAGCAGCAUCACAAACAGUCUGGCGGCUAUCAGCAACACCAGCAGCAGCGGCACCCGCAGCAGCAACAGCAGCAGCAGCACGUUCAGCAGCAACAGCAGCAGCGCGAUCAGCAGCAGCAGCAACAGCGGCAGCAGCAGCGGCUGCUGCUGCUGCAAGAUCCUUGCGUUGCUGCUUGCCGCAGUGUCCCUUUUAAAAGGGUGGAUGGCUCAACUAAAGACAGCUGCAGCAGCAAAGGAGGGAAAUCUCUUCUGCAGCAGCAGCAGCAGCAGCAGCAACCUCAGCAGCAGCAGCAAAAACACCCCGGGGGUUCUGUCAGCAGCAGCGAAAACCUAACAGAUUUCUCUGCAGCAUCCGCAGCCGAAUCAGGAUCUGCUGCUGCUGCUGCCGCUGCUGCGAUUGACGCCCCCUUGUACCCGCCCGAGUGCAGCUUAGAAGGAGACACCAGCAGCAGCAGCAGCAGCAGCAGCAACAACAACAAGGCAGCAGCUGUGAGGCCCUCAGCCUUGGAGCAGGAGACAGAAGAGACAGAAGAGAUUGAAGAGACAGCAGCACCUCCACUGCAGCCCGAUGACCCCAGAGGUGCCCUCAACGCUCCUAUGAAGCAGCAGCAGCAGCAGCAGCAACAGCAACAGCAACAGCAGCAGCAGCAACAGCAGCAGCAGCAACAGCAGCAGCAGCAGCAACAGCAGCAGCAGCAAGAGCGAGAAACAAACUCAAGCGAGGUCGUGGCGCAGCUUCGUCGCAUGGUUUCAGCCUGCAGCUGCACAGCAGCAGAACGGCAGCAGCUGCAGCACUUGCUGCAGCACCUUGAGAAUAUACACGAACAGCAGCAGCCACCUCAGCAGCAGCUGCAGCAGCAGCAAGGGGUUCGUUGUGCAGCAGACUCAUGUAUAUAUCAUCAAAACCCAGCUGCUGAGGGGGCCCUUCCUGUCUCCUUAAAAGGAGACACUGCACAUGGGGGCCCCGGGGGGGGCCCUGGGGGGCCCCAAGAGGCCUUUAGGGGCCCCUACGGAGCCUCAGAGGGGCCCCCAAAGGCCCCAGGGGGGCCCCACGGCGCAGGGGCCCCUGGGGGCCCCUACGGAGCCUCAGAAGGGCCCCAGGGACCCCCUGGGGGCUCCCAGGGGGCCCCUGGGGGGCCCCACGGAGCAGCAGGGAGGCCCCAGGGGGCCCCUGGGGCCCCUCUGGAGGCCCCCAUUGGGGGCCCUGAAGAGGGGCCCCUUCAGACUACUGAGGGGCCCCCAAAGGGGCCCCCUGUCAUAGACAAGGAUUUUUCAGUUGAAGGGGAAGCAAAUAAAGAAGCAGCAGCAGCUGCUGCUGCUUCUGUUGCUGCUGCUGCAGCAGCAGCAGGAGGUAUAGGUGAGUGUGGGUGCUUGCUGAAGAACUCUGCAGCAGCAGCACCAAAGGCUUGCUGCUGUUUCUGGGAGCAUAGCCUCCCCUUUGCUGCAGCUGCUGCUUCGUGCUGCUGCAGGGCGGCUGCAUCAAUAGGUGAAGGGAUCAGCGCAGCGGGUGUCCCUUGCUGUCGCUGCUGCAGCAGCUCCUGCAGCAGCAGCAGCUCCUUGGGCAGCAGCAGCUGCUGCUACUACAGCAGCAGCAGCCGCUACAUGCGUUGCUGCUACUGUCUCCAGGGCCCCCAGGGCCCUGAGUGUGUCUCCUUUCCUGAUGAGGCUCCUGUCCCUAUUUGUGCAUGCACGUGCAGCGAGCCACAGCAGCAGCAGCAGCAGCAGCAGCAGCUUACCUUUGAAGCAGAUGGGGGCCUCGGAGCUUUGAGCUGCUCAUACGGAGGUUAUCAGGGCCAGCAGCUGCGGUGCUACUGCUGCAGCAGCAACAGCAGCAGCAGCAACAGCAGCAGCAGGAACCCGUACCAAGAGACACUUUUUGCUGCAGCAGGGCCUUACUACCGCCUCUGCAGCAGCAGCAGCAGCAGCUCAACAGCAAACAGUGCUACUGAAGCAGCAGCAGAAGGGAGGCCCCCAUACGCCUUAGGGGCCCCUUUCCUGCGUGGUUGCGGGAAGCAGCAGCAGCAGCGGCAGCAGCAGCUGCUGCAGCAGCAGCUGCGGCAAAGGCAGCAACUGACGGGCAAAGGCUUCUCACACUCGGUGGGAAAAGCCUGGCGAAGCAGCAGCAGCAGCAGCAGCAGCAGCAGCAGCAGCUGCAGCAGCAGCAGCAGCAGCAGCAGCAGCACGCAUGUGGUUGGUUCCUUGGGGCAGCGAAUUGAAGCCAUUGCCGCACCCGUCAAGGAGCUGCUGGCGAUUGUUGCAGGUGCUGCAGCUGCUACAGGUGCUCCUGUUGCUGCAGCAGCUGCUGCUAUUGCUGUUGCGGUUGCUGCUGCACGCGUACAGUUUGGGGGCAGCAGCUGGCAGCAGCAGCAGCACAAACUGCAGCAGCAAACGCAUGCAAUUCUUGUGUGUCCCCCCUCAGGAAACUAUGGGAAGCAGCAAGAAGCAGCAGCAGCUGCACCUGCUGCUGCUGCUGCUGCUGCAUCCAGCACGUACGUGCCUAGCCGGUGGGCGAGGAGCCGCCGCUGCAGCAGCAAGUGCAGCAGCAGCACCCUCAGCAGCAACAGCAGGUGCAGCAGCAGCAACAGAAGCUGCAGCAGCAACCGCACCACCAGAGACCCAAAUUGCUGCGUAGAGGCGUCUCGCGCAGUGCCGCUGCUCGGAGGGCCUCCCCCACAGGACGUCAAGAAGCACCUGCAGCAACGACUGCAGCAGCAGCAACAGCAGCAGCAGCAGCAGCAAAAGCUGCAGCAGCAGAGACCCAGAACGUCGCAGCAGCAGCAGCAACACCAACGGCCCUCCGGCGUCCCCGCCCUACCUCUUCUGCAAUCUUUACAGUAA